AGCCGCUUCGACCGUUCUGCUCUUUACCGCGUACUACUCUGCCUCGCCUCUUUUGUACAUAUGCUUUUUUUCGCAACCGCGAAUAAAGUCCCGGACGUGGACUCCUGCAAACACGAAGGUGGAAGACACUUGCCGCGUCAUUAUUUGUUGAAACAAGUGUGAUUCGUUGUGUAUUUUUGCUUGGUAACGUGGCUUUCGUUCGUAUCUCAAAGCAGCUGUGUUAUCUGCGUAAUUUUACUAAUAUGAAGUACUUUUUGGCAACGUUAUUUUCAAUUUUGAUAAUACAAGACUGUGUUGCUCCACCCGUAGAGCAUAAGAAAAAGGAAGAAGCUGAAAAUGAAGUGCCUGCUGAGGAUUUGGCUGCUUAUAUGGAAUAUCACAGAUACUUGCAAGAAGUAGUCAAAGCUCUUGAAAGCGAUGUAGAUUUUAGAAAAAAAUUAGAAUCAGUAGACGAAUCAGAAAUACGCAGUGGAAAAAUUGCACACGAACUGGAGUUUGUCAGUCAUCAUGUUAGAAGCAAAUUAGAUGAAUUGAAACGACAAGAACUUGAAAGACUGAGACAUUUUGCCACCAAAGAAUUUGAACUAGAAAAUGGCCUCGAUCCAAGACAUAUGAAAAUCUCAGAACAUCUGGAACAUGUUGAUCAUACCAACCCACAUACCUUUGAGAUUGAUGAUUUAAAGAAACUAAUUGCCAAGACUACAAAAGACUUGGAUGAAGCCGAUAAAAAAAGGCGAGAGGAAUUCAAAGAGUACGAAAUGAACAAAAAAUUUGAACAAGAAGAAAAAAUGAAAAAUAUGACAGAAGAAGAUAAAACAAAGUACGAAAAUGAAUUACAUGAUUUAGAGAAAAAACAUAAAGAGCAUGAACCAUUACACCAUCCUGGUAGUAAGAAACAGUUAGAAGAGGUUUGGGAGAAGCAAGAUCAUAUGGAAAAUCAAAACUUUGACCCUAGAACAUUUUUUUAUUUGCAUGAUUUGGAUGGAAAUGGUGUUUGGGACCCGACCGAAGUGAAGGCCCUGUUCCUUAAAGAGUUAGACAAGCUUUACUCUCAAGGUGCUCCAGAAGAUGACAUUGUAGAGAGAGCAGAAGAAAUGGAAAGAAUGAGAGAGCAUGUUAUGAAAGAAGCUGACCUAAACAAGGAUGGACUUAUAAGCUAUGAUGAAUUUUUGGCUGAAACGAAAAAGGUUGAAUUUGAACAAGAUCCUGGCUGGGAAGCCCUUGAUGAACAAAAACUUUAUUCAGAACAAGAAUAUGAAGAAUUUAGAAGGCAAAAAGCAAGAGAAAUUGAAAGACAUAUUGCGCAAGGAAUGUCUCAAGAACAUCAUGCUGGUCAACCCCAGACUGGGCAGCAGCAGUUCCCCCCACAUCCGAAUCAGAUUCACCAAGAUUAUAUGCAACAAGUUCCUCCUCAGCAAUAUCACCCUCAACAAGGGCAGUAUGGAAAUCAAAUGACGCAACAAGGCCAAUAUAACCAGCAGCCUCCCCACCCUGGGCAAUAUCCUAAUCAAAUGGCACAACAGCAAUAUCAACAGCAACAACAAUUUCAUCCAAAUCAACAAAUUCCAGUCCAAAACUUGAAUCAAGUACCGCAGCAGCAAAACUAUCCUUCAGCGAAUCAACAAAUGCCACAUCAACAAUUCCAACAACCACCAAAUAUGAAUCAAGUUCCCCAGCAGCAGAUGGAUGCAAAUCAGGUACCCCAGCAACAGUUUCAGCAGCCAAUAAAUACAAAUCAGGCUCCACAGCAACAGUUUCAGCAGCCAAUAAAUACAAAUCAGGUUCCUCAGCAACAAUUUCAACAGCCAAUGAUUAACAAUCAUCAGGUUCCUCAGCAACAUUUUCAACAGCCAAUAAAUACAAAUCAAUAUCCUCAACAGCAUUUUCAACAGCCGAUCAAUACAAAUCAAAUUCCUCAACAACAAUAUCAGCAACAGCCUAAUUCCAACAAAGUUCCUCAACAAACAGCUGGACAAAAUCAAGCGCCGGUAGCCAACAACAUGAAUGAAGCUCCAGCAGCAGCAGCAGCAGCAGUUCAUCAACAAAAUCAGCCUACAAUUGAUCAAAAUCAACAGAAUACUCAGAAUCAAAUUCCUCAGCAAGUUCACCAAUAGCCAGCUCCCAAUGCUCAAACACAUUAAAGUUGCCAAAUUGUAAUGUUAAUAAUUGAACAAGAUUUUUGCAUUUUUAAAAACAUUUAGAAAUUUUUUACGCUACUUGAUACUUAGAUUUAUUAAAAAUUCCAUUACAUAUGUAAUUUAGAGUCUUUGGUCAUGUUCAAAUUUCUUCGAUUUAAGUUAUUCAAUUACAAAUAAUAUCACAUGAAAUGCCAACAAUAAACGCAAUUCAAACUGGAAAGUAGUAUUUUUUUCAUUUAUGAAACCCUUUACUCAAGUAUAUGCAACUAGAACAAUGAAAGGGCUAAAGGUUACAGAAAGAGUAGAGACGGAAUGUAAAUUUUUUUAUGUUUAUUAUUAUUGCAUAUUGUUUACGUUAGUAUAUUACUUAGGUAUACGUGCCAAGUAGCAACUUAAAUGUAUGAUUGCGUGAUUCUGUUUGUUCCUCGGUAGGUAGGGUAAUGUACGCUUACUCCGUAUUAUAUAUAGUGUGUAUUUAUAGGUAUAGUAUAGUUUUUUUCGGUAAAAUGUCACCUUAAGAGCUAUUCGGUACAAUAAAUAACAAAAAGAAUAACGAAUGACGGCUUUCUAUAAAACACCAAACUCUUACUUGCUUUAUUUAACUUUUAAGUCUUUUGAAACUUGCUGAAUCGUCUCAAUUUCAGUUUUACCCUCCUUAUUGUUCUAGGCGACAGAAUCAAGUAUUUUUAUUCAUUUACUACUCUAAGCCUUGAUAACGCUGCAACAGCGUACCUUGAUUAAAUAACAAAUUGGUCUAGCUAAACAAAGAGGAAUUCUAGUCUCUUAUCGGUUUGUGAAAAUUGCUACAAAAUUAUACAGUUAUAUGAACGUUACACGUUAAAGGAAAACAGGAACGAAUUUUGUUGCUCGUCUAAUGUCGAAAUCAUAGGGCUCGUCGCAUUGGACAAAUUGUUACUUUCGGAACUCGCGCGUGAUUGCGGUAGUAGAAGAAUAUUUGGACACUUUAUUACAAAAUCAUUAAUAAAAACAAUCAACAUAUAAUAGUUGUGCGCAAAAAAUUGCGCCUGUUUUCCUAUAAAGUAGUAUAUAAUUUGUCGAAAUACAAGACGAUAAGGCAUCUAGCAUUGCCUUGCCGAGAGGAGAAAUCAAUGGGUAAUGUAAUGUUACAACAGGAAAAAAAUUAUUUGGCUUAAAAAAUACUUGAAAAAACUGUUGGCCGCACUGGCGGUUUUCUUAUCGAUAAAACAGUCUUAAGUAGCGCCGAAUAACUUUUUUCUUGAUCGCCGGGGAGCACCAUGGUUCUCCGUAAUUCGUGGAACGAAAGAAAUAAAUAAUUGUACAAUGAUUCGUUUUCUUUUUACUAAUAACAUAAUUACAUUCAAGUAAUAAAGCUUACACGAGAGAAUCGGCCCACUACUGCCCUUCUCGUUAUCGUGAUAAUAAAAUAAUAAAUAUGUUUCGCGAACGAACUAUAACACAAUAAUGAACGCGCUAUUUACAGUACAUAAUGUAUAUUAUAGUAUACAAUGUAGUCGAACUCAAUCGUGCAAAUGUGCGAUUAUGAACGAUCAAGGAAGUAACGCGACUUUAUCCAACGUCACAAUUUAUAUAAACUUUAAUAAAGUAUUGCGAAAAAUAUAAAGGCAAUAUUUUAAAAACUGUAUAAAAGUAAAGGAAGGGACACUGAAUAAUAAUAAUAAUAAUAAUAAUAAUAAUAUUAAUAAUAAUAAUGAUAAUCAUAAUCAUAAUAAAUGUAGCGUUAAAAUUAUCAGAUCAAAACGCUUUACAAUAUUCUUACACUUCCGCCAGUCCUAGUAUCGCCAACUCAUAUUAUACAUACAAAAAAAAUUCAUCAAAUCAAGCUUCACAUACUAAUCAUGAUUUAUCCAUACUUCGCAUAAAUUAGUUACUUUACAUAAUCCACCAUUCAAACAAUACUUUUCUAUAAAUUCCAAGAUUUGUCCAAAUAUUUUUCGCUGAACUUGAGUAUAAUAAGAAAACAUAUUCAAAUAAAUUUCGAGACGUAAAACUCGAUAAAAUCACAAUAAACACAAUUAAAAAUAUUUGAUCUAUAUGUUGGAAAUCGUAAAGCUUUUUAUACUCAAUUUGCACGGUCAGAUCUUUAAAAACGAUAUAGACGCAACUUUGAAAAUUUUACGCCUAAAUGUCGAUCAAUCUCGCAAUCAAAGUAUAAAAUAGAGUAAUAAUUAAGAGUCGAAAAUUGGGCGUAAUAAUCUCUGUUUUUUUACAAACUGCUGGUUUUCAGUGCUAUUCGAAAUUCAGAUGAGUUUUUUUUGUACGUAAAGCUCCUAAGACGAAAAAAAUGUAAUUUGUUUUAGUACAUAUACCCAGCAGUAUCCCUCUUUUUAUAAUAGACCUAUUAUAUAUCAAUUUAUAUAAUAUAUAUAGCUUCUAUAUAUAUUUAUAUAUAUAAUUUUUGUAUUCUCUAUCAAUAUAAUAGCGUAUUAGAUACUUUUCACUUACAUAUAAGUAUGUAAUAUAUACGGGUUUAUUUUUUCUUAUCUUUUCACAGAUAUAAUAUAAAAAAACGAAAAUGAAACUAUUUUUUCUCAAAAUGUUCAUUCGAUCUUUCUCGCGUUCCCUUUCGUACCUCGAUUUAUAACUUUCGAAUCCACUUUCAUUCCAAAGCUCACGCAAUAUUUUUCUGUCUAAACAUGAUCACACAUAAACAAAAUGAAAAGAAUAAAAAAACAAGAACAAAAAAUUGUAUUAUUUUAAAGACAUGCCAUUCAGGGUAUUACCGGUGUGAUUUUAUCCAAAACUGAAAUUUUGUCGGUCUCUAUAUCCAUAUAAAUACGUUACGAAACUUAUCAUUCCGUAUUUAUGACGUACGUGAUAUUUUACUGACAUUUGUUUACACCAUUCAUUCGUUAUUUUGCAAUUACGUCAAAUCGUAUUUUUGAUAUUCGAAAUGAUUUCUCUACGCACCUUUUAAUUAUCGAAACGUUAUAGACAUUUUUAAAAUAUUCUUCAACAGUUUUCCUUUUUUUUACAUUAAAAUAAUUUGACGUAGUUGUAAAAUAAAUAUUUACUAACUGCUUUCAUUUACGUUAAUGCGAAAAUUUCGACUGAAUUUUCAUUUACAAGUGGUCACGAUCUACGAGACUCUUUUCUUAAAUUUUCGAUAGGAAGGCACUUUCUACUUUUUUUCUCAUUUUUUUAUACAGUACAUCGCUAAACAUUCUUUAUCGCUUUUUUUCCUUUUAUCGGUGCGGCUUUCCGUAUAUUGGGCUGCACACUCGCGGAUUUUUUUUUUUUUCAAAUAAAUAUUUCACUUUUAAUUUCAUUUCAUUUCAUGUUAUACCAUAGUUUUGAACACAUUUCAUGCCUAAAUUUUGCAUCGUAUCGUAAUUUCAUGAUUUAUUUUCGUAUCGUGAGAUUUUCAAACGUGAAAGUUAACUAUUAAAUUAUGUUAAGUACCUAUUAAACAGCUCCACAGACAGUCCUCGAAUCUCACUUUGUCAUUAUUUUCAUAACAAGUCUUUCGCAAUUUUCCGAAUCUUUUAAAUUUGAUAGAAAAAAAAGCACGAAAAGAAAGAAAAGAACAGAAAGUGAAUUGACGUUGUUAAAGUUGAAGAAAAAAAUUAAUUGUUAAACGACAGUAAAAUGAAGAAAUAACAAGUGAAAAAUUUGGUAAGAAAAUUGCAUGGAUUAUACCGAAGGUUACAAUGUUUACUGAAAUUCCGUUGCACAAUAUUUAUCGUAUCAAGAAUAUUAUUUGUAUGCCAGAAAGAAUUUUUACUCUUAUACCACUUUACCACAGAGUCCAUUUUAUCAGUCAGCACCGUGUAUUUUUUGUUGAUUAUCACGUGUUCAUUAUGUGCGGUUGAAAGAAGAGAUGUUCGUACGUAGAAAAAGAAGCGUUCAAAAAAUCUCGUAAAGCGCGACAACCAGGGUUUUCACUUUUUGCAAUACACUCACGAAGGCCACUUCAAACGUUUUUAUUUUACUAUUACACAAAUACAAAGCUUGAUAAUGACCUAAACGCGUAAAUUUCCGGAGAAAUAUCUUUUUUUCAUUUAAUGAAUAUAUCGGGCAAAGGCCUCGUGUGUUUGUCUCUUUUGUGUACGUUAUUAAUCUGAAGAUUUCUAAAAAAUAAAAAAAUUAAUUUUUUUCUUAUCACCCCUUUUGUAGCAAAGUCACGUGUAAUUUUUAUUUUUUACAAAAUUUUGAAAAAUAGUUUGAUUUUCCCGAAAAGAAGCGUCCACACGUUUUCUAAUAUUUAUCGCGCUUUUUAUGCCUACGUGUUUCACUUUCAUGAUAUUUGCCAGUCACUCGCUUGAGAAUUUGGUUAAAAUUUCCUAGUAACUUGUUUCUCAUGACUCCCCGAUCGACUCAUUCGUUAUCAGUCUCACUCACAGUCAGAUUUACUCAACCAUUAACGUGUCGUUUUGUAAAUCCUAAACCUUAUAAUUUUUUAUACUUGGCAUACCCCAAAUAUGGCAGGAAGGCAAUACUUAAUAAUGCGUACUUUAUAAUCUUUUCUACGUCAUCGACAGAAAUACCGUUUAUCUUA